UCUCCGGGACGAGCCGCUGCCGCCUCCGCUGCCCAUCUAGGUUUCUGGUUUCUCCUCCACUGAGUCUCAGGAAACUCGAGCGGGCGGGCGCGCUUGCUGCCACACCGGCUGCCCACCGCUCCUUCCCUGGUAGGCGCUUCGGGCACCAGCUCAGUUACACCGGGUGUCCGCGCUCUGGAGCGCGCAGCUUGCCGGCUGCCCAGGCGGUUGCCGGAGCUCUUUCUGGAUACGCCCGCGGGCUGCUCGUCCCCGCCACCUCCCUCCAAGAGAAGGUUUCGGUUUAUUUCUGUGUGAACGACGGGGAGAGGAAAAAAGAGAGAGAGGCGGUGGAUGGCAAACGUAGAAUAAGUGUCCACCUCGGUCUCGGAGCGAAGCCGAGGGAGGGGACGGGCGGAGAGGGGGCGGCGAAGAGGGAGCUGCCCAUUAAAACCCGCUCUGAGAGUCCUGGCGGCGCGGCGCGGGACGCGUCACAUCCCCUUGACCCUCCAAUCACCUCGGGCUCCCAUUUGAUUGGAAGGCGGCAAAGGCUUUAAUCUCCCCCUUGGUGCAGCUGCUUUUGAAGUGAGUUUCCUCGCCAGAGCCCCGGCUGGACAGGCAGCGGCUCACAUCGCGGAGCGCGGCGCCGGCGCGGGGCGGCCAGAGCGCAGCGCAGGGGGCGCAGCCAGAGGCAGGCACUCCCCGCGGCCCGCUGGCUCCUGUGGCUCGGCCACCCAGGAUUACUCGCUCGAGGCUGCAGACGCCCGUGGCUGCCUCUGUUGGCUCCUACUCCUCCUCCUCCUCCUGGUGUUCCUGCUCCCCGGGAGAGCGCGCAGCCCCGAGCCCUCCCCCCGCUGCUCCCAUGCGCGCGGGUGGGUCAUGAGCACAGCGCCCUCGCUUUCUGCCCUAAGAAGCAGUAAGCACAGCGGCGGCGGCGGCGGCGGCGGCGGCGCAGACCCUGCCUGGACCAGCGCGCUCUCUGGAAACAGCUCCAGCUCCGGCCCCGGCCCAGGUUCGGCCCCGGCCGGCAGCACCAAACCUUUUGUGCACGCCGUGCCCCCUUCUGACCCCCUGCGCCAGGCUAACCGCCUGCCCAUCAAGGUACUGAAGAUGUUGACGGCGAGGACUGGCCAUAUUUUGCACCCUGAGUACCUGCAGCCCCUGCCCUCCACGCCCGUCAGUCCCAUCGAGCUGGAUGCCAAGAAGAGCCCGCUGGCGCUGUUGGCACAAACCUGCUCGCAGAUUGGCAAACCCGACCCCUCGCCCUCGUCCAAACUCUCCUCGGUCACCGCCAAUGGGGGCGCGGGUGGUGCCGGUGGCGGUGGCGCUGGGGGCGACAAGGAUACCAAGUCAGGCCCCCUGAAGCUGAGCGACAUCGGUGUGGAGGACAAGUCGAGUUUCAAGCCGUACUCCAAACCAGGCUCGGAUAAGAAGGAGCCGGGAGGUGGAGGUGGAGGCGGCGGCGGUGGCGGAGGUGGCGGCGGGGGUGUUUCGACAGAGAAGUCAGGAUUCCGGGUACCGAGCGCCACCUGCCAGCCAUUCACACCCAGGACAGGCAGCCCAAGCUCCAGCGCUUCGGCCUGCUCGCCAGGAGGCAUGCUGCCCUCGGCCGGGGGCGGCCCGGAGGGCAAGGACGAUAAAAAAGACCCGGACGCAAGUGGUGGCAGCGGCAAGGGCGCUGGGGGCGCCUCCGCCGAAGGAGGACCCACUGGGCUGGCGCACGGCCGGAUUAGCUGCGGCAGCGCCGGGAUGAAUGUGGACGUGAACCAGCACGCGGAUGGGGGCCCUGGGGGCAAGGCUCUGGGUGCGGACUGCAGCGGCUCCUCGGGCUCCAGCUCCGGCUCCGGACCCAGUGCGCCCGCCUCCUCCUCGGUGCUGGGCUCAGGGCUGGUGGCACCGGUGUCACCCUACAAACCGGGUCAGACAGUGUUCCCUCUGCCUCCUGCUGGCAUGACCUACCCUGGUAGUCUGGCUGGGGCCUACGCCGGCUACCCACCUCAGUUUCUGCCGCACGGUGUGGCGCUGGACCCCACCAAACCCGGCAGCCUGGUGGGCGCGCAGCUAGCAGCCGCCGCGGCCGGCUCUCUGGGCUGCAGCAAGCCAGCCGGCUCGAGCCCCUUGGCAGGAGCAUCGCCGCCGUCCGUGAUGACGGCCAGUUUGUGCCGGGACCCUUACUGCCUCAGCUACCAUUGUGCCAGCCACCUGGCUGGAGCAGCGGCCGCCAGCGCCUCGUGCGCGCACGACCCUGCUGCGGCCGCAGCGGCGCUCAAAUCCGGAUACCCACUGGUGUACCCAACGCACCCACUGCACGGCGUGCACUCCUCGCUUACGGCCGCCGCCGCCGCAGGCGCCACGCCGCCCUCGCUGGCUGGCCACCCCCUCUACCCCUAUGGCUUCAUGCUCCCCAACGACCCUCUCCCGCACAUCUGCAACUGGGUGUCAGCCAAUGGGCCGUGCGACAAGCGCUUCGCCACGUCCGAAGAGCUGCUGAGCCACUUGCGGACCCAUACGGCCUUCCCAGGGACAGACAAACUACUGUCGGGCUACCCCAGCUCGUCGUCUCUGGCCAGCGCCGCCGCGGCCGCCAUGGCCUGCCACAUGCACAUCCCCACGUCAGGCGCUCCGGGCAGCCCCGGGACGCUGGCGCUGCGCAGCCCCCACCACGCGCUGGGACUCAGCAGCCGCUACCACCCCUACUCCAAGAGCCCGCUCCCCACGCCUGGUGCCCCCGUGCCGGUGCCGGCUGCCACCGGACCCUACUACUCCCCCUAUGCCCUCUAUGGACAGAGACUGACCACUGCCUCGGCGCUGGGGUACCAGUGAGGGUGGCUGGGAGGGCCAGCAAGGGAGAGGACGCUGCCGAGGGUGGGGAGCGAUCAAGGCCGAAGCUGUCGACCCCCUGAGCGCUCUUGUGCCUGCGAGUGAGCAAGCAGGCCAGCCAGCCAGCCAGCAAGCAGCGUGAGGCCGCCCAGGCCCCAAAAAGGAACCCCGCACACCGUAUCCAUCUACCCAACUAUGGCGGCGAGUCUCACUGGGAAACUCCUCGUCCCCCGCCUCCCCACUCAAACUUUAUAAAAGUUGGGAAGAAAAAUCAUUUGACUUUUUAUAGAAAAGGAAGGAAAAUUAAUUGCGGAAGUGUUCAUCUGAGAACGUCACCGGUGGACACUGGUAUUUAUUUAUGUUAGCUCCAAGCGGACCCGUGAUUCAAAAGUGCAUUAUUUAGUUUGGAUUGUGUAGGUUAAAAGAAAAAAAAAGGAGGGGGUAAUUAAAACUUGAGGGUAAAAAUGUGGAAAGCCACCCUCCCAUCCCUUGUAGAUUAUAAAUAAAAACAAAACCGCCACAGAGCUACAGGCUUCUCCUUACUGUUACUUUAAAAUUGCUAUGAUUGUAUCUCGUACGUUCUUAUUUAAUGUCUGAUUGAAACACAAAUUUACAUGCAUGUUUGUUACAAAAAAAAUGAAAAAAAACGAAAGUCAAAAUUUGUCAGCUCUGAUUUCAAAUUGCAAUUAUUUUUAAGGUGUAUGCCAUCGAAAGAGAAUGGGUAUUUUUUGGUAUGUAUUCUGAAAGAAAACAAAAAAAAAGGAAAAAAACAAUUCUAUUCCAAAACCUCAUUUGCCUUAUUUUGUUCUUGAAAAAGGAACACUUAACUAUUUUUAAUUUUUAAGUCCACCCCCUGAGAAGGGCGCAAGGUUUACGUCAUGUACUAAAAUAAUAGACAAUGUAUCGCUUUAAAGAUUAAAAUUCCGUAUAUUUGAUGUAUUAAAA